GUGAAGAUGCCUUCGCUUGAGUGAUUCUUGAAGGUGGUAAAAGCUGCCAUAGAAAGAUCCAGAACUGAGAUCUGUUGUUCCAGGCGGCUUGAAGUGUGGCAGGAGGCUGGACACUCCAAACCUCAAAAAGCACAAGCCACACAGUUAGUUACACAGUGCAGCCUCAUCAAGCCUCAGCUUCUUUUCAGCUUGUUAUUACUGCUACUCUUCGCUGGCACGAGCUUUCGGUUGCGAACACACACAAGUCUGACUGGCAACAACCAUCAACAUACUCGAGUAGUUUAUUUCCAAAACCAAUCCCACCCAGUCCUCGAGUAGAUCUCAUAAUCUGGAGCAUCUGCAGCCCAUUAGUAGCAAGAAACCACAGCACAGCAACCAUGUACAACAGCAACGAUACCACUAUCUUCAACCUGAACACCAAGUUGGUCUCUCUUAUGGUAAAGGGAGACAAUGGCGGAGCCGCUGUUCAAUUACAGCACACAACGAUUGCCCUCCAGGGCCUGUUGAGUGAUCUCCAGAGCCAGCCUCAUCGAACUGAAAUGAUGGAUGAUGUUCUUUACGAAGAUCCUCAGCAUGACCUGUUGCUUCCGCAACAUCCCCUUGCACUUGUAUUCCUGUCCACUGCUAAUGACUUGCCAUCCAACAAUGAGAUUGGUGGUGUUCUUCCGUUCUUCAACAAGGCUGUGUUUGUACAGGGCAGCCACCCCAUGCUACCACUGACAAGCCGAUUCCAAUUGGCCGCCUCUGUCGUUUACAACACGGCGCUCUUCUUUCACAAGGAAGCACUGCGAACCGGUGAGAACCGGUUGGUACACAAGAGCAUAGAAUUCUAUAACCUGGCACAAGACUUACUGGAGCGAUUGGAAGGAUCAAGACACGACGAUGGUACAAUCGUGCUGUGCCUCGCUGUAUGGAACAAUCUGGGUCAUGCUCAAAUGCUUCUGGCCAACUACAGACAAGCACAGCAAUGCACCGAACAAAUGCAAUUCGUCCUGGAACAUGCCGUACUGGACGAUGCAGACGGCGUACAAGAUGUUGGAGAUUUCUUCUUGACGGCUUCGCUUGGCACUCUCAACAACCAUGCUGCCACAACAGCUACUUGUUCUGGCUUUAACAUCUGCCCUGCUGCCUAGCUCACUUCUUGCGAGGUUCAAUGGGAUGGCUCCUUGCCCAGUGCCCAUUAUUUGCUAGCACGCACAUGUAUGUAUGCAUGAAUGUAUGUAAAUAUUAUGAGUAACUCCUUCUGGAUCAUCAUACCGUACUUU